AUGAAGGCCGUUUUCAAAGUAAUGACUGCUUUGCUGGCUUGCCUGUUCAUUGCAAGGUACCUGGUCUGUCAGCAAAACGGUCUAGGAAACUUUGCCACAGAUUUACAGCCCAUUUGCCAGCAUACUGAGUUUUCAGUGGACUCGCUGUUCCAUUCCAAACUGCUUGAAGGUUCAGCCGUUGCUGAUUAUUUGGUUGAAAAGUACUCGCAGUCAAUAAGGCCGCUGGUUGAAAAGUACCCCAACUCACCUUUGAGGAGAAUCGUGGCUCAUCUUUACCGCUUUUGGUACAAUGUUUUCUCUUUUUUAAGGCUAAAGGAACUCUGUUGUUCCGUACACUCCAAGCUGGGACCCUUGUUGAAUCAUCUGAGGAUUGCCUGGUACUAUUUGAAGCCAUACACGGAUAAUGUGAAAAAUGUUCUAGAAAAUCCGUUUAAUUCUUCUACGAAUUGGAUGAGAUAUGGUUCUUUUAGUGUCGACGGUACGCAGACUAAAGCCAUUUUUGAGACAGACUCGGAAACAGAGGAUUUUGAGGAUGAGGAUGAGGAUGAAGAUGAGGAUGAUGCUGAUGCUGAGAUCGAGGACGGGAGUAAUGAGUACGAGUUCGAGGAAGAACAGGAUGACCACGAGAACUCACAAAUCGUCACUGCUGCCAUUUUGCAGGAUUUGUCAAAGAUUAUCAUUGGUUCCAAUAGCCAUAUAGAGUUGGAAACAUACGAACCGCAAUCACUAAAAAUGGAAUAUGAAGCAUGGAUUAAGGCUAUCGAUUCAAAAAUACACAAGGCGGCAACACUUUUGGAUUCUGAGAUACAAUGUGUGUUCGAGACGGAGAUGCGAAAUAAAUCUAUGGAAAUCACUAGCAAGCUUGAUGAUCUAAACAAGACUGUUUGUGAGCAAUUAAGAUUUCUGGAUUUAAAGAUCAAAGAUAUCAAUUGCACCUCUAAAUUUGAUCCUACACAAAAUAAGAUAAAGUAUUUUGAUGAAACAGGUCAAGUUGAAUUGGAAACUUACGUUACCAAAUCAUCGAUUACAUCGAUACUGAAGAAUUACAAAUUACAUUUGUUAGAUUUUGAAAAAUCGCUGUUCCGUUCAUUGGAUUCUUUUCUUACUGAAAUGGCUAAACUAGCGGAAUCGAUUCGUCUUGAAAACGUCGAAGUUUACGAAGAGUGGGGGGACAUAAUGGUAAGUCAAUGGUCGCAGAGAAUGGCAUACAUGGAUAUAAGAAGCCUACAUUUGAAAGACCAGUACGAUCCUGAAUAUAUCGAAGAAAAUCAUUUCAAUUGGCUCCGUUUCAUGAAAUUAAAGAAAAAAGUUAUUUCCGAGAGGAACCACCUGGUUAAACAUGAUCUGGAUAUGACUUCGAUACUGGAAUGGAUUACUAAAUUAAAGACCGAUUUCCAGGGUACAAAAAAUAAUAUUCAGGAUACCUUUUUACAGCGAAUGAACGCAGCGGACACUUUAUUCAAGAACCGUGAACUAAAGGAACAAUUAGAGGAAGAAUUUGUACGACAAGAACAUUGA